GGUGCCCGCCCGUCCCGCCCGGCUCCGCGCCGCCCGCCGUUGUGAUGCGUAUUCCCGUAGACCCGAGCACCAGCAGGCGCUUCACUCCCCCGUCCACGGCGUUCCCCUGCGGUAAGAUGGGCGAGAACAGCGGGGCGCUGGGGGCCGCCGCGCCGGGCGCCCGCGCUCGGCCCGAGGUGCGCUCCGUCGUGGAUGUCCUGGCCGACCACGCCGGCGAGCUGGUGCGCACCGACAGCCCCAACUUCUUGUGCUCCGUGCUGCCGUCGCACUGGAGGUGCAACAAGACGCUGCCCGUCGCCUUCAAGGUCGUGGCGCUCGGAGAUGUCCCCGACGGGACCGUGGUCACCGUGAUGGCGGGGAACGACGAGAAUUACUCGGCGGAGCUGCGCAACGCCUCGGCCGUGAUGAAAAACCAAGUGGCGAGAUUUAACGACCUCAGAUUUGUUGGGAGAAGCGGCAGGGGGAAAAGCUUCACCCUGACCAUCACGGUGUUCACCAACCCCACGCAAGUGGCCACCUACCACCGAGCCAUCAAAGUGACCGUGGACGGGCCCCGGGAGCCCCGCAGGCACAGACAAAAGCUGGAAGACCAAGCCAAGCCCUUCACCGACCGCUACGGAGAGCUGGAACGGCUGCGCCAGUCCAUGAGAGUCACCCCGACAACACCCAACCCCCGUGGAUCCCUCAGCACCCCGAGCCACUUCGGCUCCCAGGCUCAAACUCCGAUCCAAGGCACGUCAGAGCUGAGCCCCUUCUCGGACCCGCGGCAGUUCGAGCGCUCCUUCCCCACGCUGCCGGCGCUGACGGAGACGCGCUUCUCCGACCCGCGGAUGCAUUACCCCGGCGCCAUGUCCGCCGCCUUCCCCUACACCGCCGCGCCCUCGGCCACGGGCAUCGGGGGCAUCAGCAUGACCAGCAUGCCCACCACCACCCGCUUCCACCACACCUACCUGCCGCCCCCGUACCCCAGCUCCACGCAGAACCAGAGCGGGCCCUUCCAGGCCAACCCCUCUCCCUACCACUUGUACUACGGGACGUCCUCGGGCUCCUACCAGUUCUCCAUGGUGGCGGGAGGCGAGCGCUCGCCCACCCGCAUGCUCUCGUCCUGCACCAGCGCCUCGGCGGGCAACAACCUGAUGAACGCCAGCCUGGGCGCGCAGAGCGACGGCGUGGACGCCGACGGCAGCCACAGCAAUUCCCCCACCACCAUGAGCACCACGGGCAGGAUGGAUGAGUCCGUCUGGAGACCCUACUGAGGAGGAGCUCGGCUGGGCACCCGUGUCUUUAACUCAAUCAGCCGCCGUGGCUCCUGUUGGGAGCGACCAAAGUGAUGCCAAGGGAAAAGUUAAACCAAAGUCUUCCAAACCCAAAGUUAAGGAUGCUCUGCAUGCAAACAUCAAGCGAAGAUCAACCAAGACCUUCGUUACAUUUCAAGGUGAACACCCACGAGGCUUGAAUGUGUCGCUUGAUGUGGUUCCUUCCGUAUGUUUUAGGUAUGUGGAUUGUACAUAGGGAAAAAACCCCAAGGACGUGUGGAAUCAGAUGUUUGGUACUUGCAGAACACUUCUCGUUCAUCUCACUCGCACCUCUUCCCCACACAAAGCAUUCAGAAGUGAGGAGAAUCUCACCCUUCCUCUGCAAAAUGGUUCAGAGAAGAGAAGACACCAGGGAGUCAUCCAAGCCAUCUCUCUGCCAGUGCAGGAGGACCGAACUUAGCUUUAAAAAAAAGGAGAAAAAAAGAAAAAAUCCCCAUUGUUUCCUGUCCUUCCCUCCCCGCUGGUGAAGGGUCCCUGAGCACCAAAGAGCAGUGGGGUUUGCAGCACAGCCAGGGGCUCUGGGGCUCAGUCAGCCAUGUGAACAAGAGCUGUGAUGUGAUUAUUGUUAUUAUUUGUUGACGACACAAGUUGUAUUGUUCAUUUUGGUGUCAGUGUCGUCGUUUGUCAAUCAGUAACGUGGCUGACCCCGGGCCUGGCUGACCCCUCCUCCAUGUUUACACACGAGAUGUACUUUUUGUGGAGAUGUUUUGUUUUGUUUGUUUGCUCUCUUGUCCUGACCUCACCGUUCAGCUCUUUGCUCCCCUCAGCAAACCUCAGUGAUGGUGGCUGAAGUGAAGGCAGCAUUCAGGACUAUCUAAAACAUUUGAGAUGCACUUCCAAGGGGCUCAGGAGCCUUUGGCACAGCCUUGCCACCAUUUUCCACAUGUUCCUUCCGUCCCCUCUGAGUGGCAACACUCACAGCUGGUGGCAAAGCAUUCUAAUUCUGUUCUGGUCCUUUCCCAUGUUCUCACCCAGAGAGGAUUACACAAUUUUUUAUUUUGACUCACAUGUGUCAAUUCAUCCUGAAAGCUCUGCGAUCUGCAGAAAGGAGCAGUUUCUACUCCUGGUGGUGGGAAUGUUGUGAAUUGAUGCUGUGCAGCCUUUUCCAUGCCCUCACCCUCCUGUCCUUCCCCAGGUGACCCCAGCACGGGGAUCUUGCUGUAGAGGAAUAAGCUGAAGAGGGGGCACUCAAGGUGGCAUUUGCAGGAUCCAGGUCUGCCAAGCACCACACACCCUCAGAGCUGGCACCACAGAGAUUGCAGCCAAGCAGGGCCAUGCUGGGAGGCGGCUGUGGGCUCCUCCAAGGCCAGCUCAGGGCUUGGCACAAGGUUUGUCACCUCCUGCAGGCCACCUGUGCCCUCUGCUGGCAUGAGAAUUGGGGCUGGAUUCAGGAUUCUUCGUGCAGACAGAUUCCUGGGGAUCCAUAACUUCAGUACCCAGUGCCAUGCAGAGCCCUGCCCGCAGCCAGGGGACAGCCCCAGUGCCACCAGUAACCGCGCCUUUCUUCCUCCACUCCUCCCAUAAACACAAGCAAACCGAAGGCCCAGAGCUGCCCUCCUGGCCCCUGUGCCUCAGCCACAGCGUCCCAGCCUUGUCACCUGUCCCCAGCUCCCAGCUGGCAGCCGGUCACCCUCAGCACAGAGCGCUGCAAUUGCACUACCAUGGCCAGGCUGGAGCAGCACAUCCUGCCUGCCCUGGAGAGCUGCCAUGACCACUCAGAGCUCCACAAGCA